CCUUUAUAAAAGAUACGUUUAAUUUUGAUAACCGAUAGCAAUCUGUUUUUCUUUCAUUUGCAAUAUUAAUCGUAGUACUCUGGACGGACAAGACGUUAAUUAAUUAAUGAAUAAUGAUAAAAAUAAACUAGAUAUUGGUGAAAAAGUUUUAUUGUAUUAUUGAUUGAUUGUUUAGAUUAAAUUAUAAUGGCGGAAAUUAAUAUUGAUAAAACGGAAAUUUUGGACGAAAUAAAGAAUAGGAAAAAUAUGGGUGAUAAAAAGUUUCACUCAGAAUCAUCAUUACAAAAUUAUGUUGAAGAAGAUGAAUUUCCGGGCAGUAAAGAAGAAGAAGAUCCAGGGGUACAGAACGUGACAAUUAAUAACUUAGCUGUUGUACAAGAUAGGGAAAGAAAGCGUGCUAUGUCUCAACCUGGUCCCAAUGCUGGUGGUAUGAUCACAGCCACUGUCGCCAGGGCAGCACGUCGCCGGCCCCGCGUUGUAUAUGCCGAUGAUGUUAAUGAUCCCUAUGAUAAACAAUCUACAAAAUCUACAAUACCGAAAGGAGAUGAAUCCGGCAUGACUACUCCAAAUGGCAAUUAUCGUAUGUACACGUCAGUGAACGACAUGCGCAACGGUAUGACGCCCCGCAAGAGAUCCGUAGCUACAAUGGACGCGCAGUCCCUACGCUCGGUGGAAACUCACGCGCCACCACCUACCAGUCCUGAGGAUAAUAUAAGACAAACCAAAAAAUAUUUGACAUUGAUGUUCAGUUGCAUGUACGCAAUAAUACUAGUGACUUUAGGAGUAAUAAUCUACUUAGGUGACUUAUUCGUCGAAUGCUCAGUUUCUGCGAUAUAUUCAAUUCUUCUUUGCAGUAUUGGAAUCCUAUAUCACAUAUAUUUGAUUAUUGACAUUGGUCGAUACAAAAAUAAAGCACUAAAAAAUCAGAAAAUAAAAACGUUACAUGAAGAAAAGAUGACUCAAUUUUUUAGAACUCAAGAGGAAGAAUUCAAUGUAGAUUCACCGGGAGAACGCACACCGGAAUUUUCUUACAAAACUCCAAGCGUACCUCCACCACUGCUCAAUCCAUUAUCACAUGACUACUGUUUCAGCCAUGGCAGGCAUUCUGGAAGUUUUUAUCUUAAACUAGGCGCUGCUGGUUUUGCGCUAGGACACCUCAUUCACUCAAUGCUGCUUUUCGCUGUUCAAAUUAGUUUACUAGUAGACGAAGAUAUCGACAACGACGACUGUAUCGAUUAUCUGCAAUUAACACUCGAUGUUAUGUCCCCGAUAUACUGUUUCUUGCAAUUGUACUUUAUUUUCAAGUACUCCAACGUUAUAAUACUUCGAGCUCAGAGUUUAGCGUAUAUAGCCUUUAUGCACAUGAUUGGUAGCAGCCUUUGUUUUUGGAUUUCUGCUAUAGUGCGAGAGACCAUUUUAGCCCUAACAAUAUACGCUAACUCAGUCUACGGUAACGGCUAUGGCAAUAAUUAUACAACGACAACAGUCGCACCUGAAGUGAAAGUAGUUACAGAAGAUCCAAACAUCCGUUUAUCCAUGAGCAGGAUUUUCGAUGUGAGUGGCUUAUAUAACCCGCAAUGCAUCGGCCCACCUGCAGUGAAUUCCAUAUAUGAGAACUUCUCGCCCUAUCUGUACCCAUUCACGGUGGAAUUUAACAUUCUUAUAGUGGCAGUGUACUAUAUCAUCUGGAGCAAUAUCGGUCACUGUCCAAAUGAAGACAACGCUGGGAAUUCUGAGUUGAACUCAAGUCUCGAUGACAACUUUCCAAUUUGCAAAAUACCCACAGCGAAUGAAGACAAUGACUUUACAAGCAACGUAGUGAUCCAUGCGGACUGUCAUGCAUCCAAUCGUGGACUUUUCCUUGGUCUGAUCGUGACUGUUAUUAUAGCUGGAAUGCUUAUACUCGGCUUUGUGUUUAGCAGUGUUGGCGAUGAAUUACUGGAAGUGGGAUAUCUUUUAAAUGACUGCACUAAACUGGGAUUACACUGUAUCAUGUUAAUUGCUGUUGUAUUUGCGUACAACCAGCUACGGCAAUUGGAUAUCAACGAACACCCAAUCUCUCUGCUUGACGAUGUUUUACUCUUCAUCUGUUUGCCAGCUUUCAUAUUGGAGACUGUUCUGUCUAUGGUAGCAACUGUAAACAUCCUUAAUGUUGUUAAGACUAUCGACUUUAUCGUUAUGAUCGUGCAAGUAUUCAUUCAAACACCCUUUAUCAUGGAUGGUUUGCGUCGCUGCAGUAACUCCAAGAAACAUCGUCGGAGGAAACCAGGCCGAGAACUCCUCAUGUUCCUGCUUAUUAUCAACGUAGGCAUGUGGCUUUUCAACACGUUCUCCUACAAAUCACCAGACAGUCUCGAUGAAAGAUAUACUUUUUACGGGAAAGUUCUAUGGUCAAUUUUAGGCCACAUUAGUUUACCUCUGAUCAUGUUCUACAGAUUUCAUUCAAGUGUAUGCUUUGCGGAUAUUUGGAACUCUGCGUAUAAACCUGGUUCCGAGCACUAAAAAUUUAAACUAUAGUUUUAAUUUUCAAACGUUAAUCACUUAUUGCUAAACGGAGGCCUUUUCUAUAAAUUGUCUUACAGAGCAGUCCUAGUCUAUUAAUUUCAACGAUUUUGAUUCAUUAUGUUUUACUAAACUACAAUAGAUCUAAGAAAAAUGUAGAAAAGACUAGAAAAAUAUAAAGGCCAAUGUAAUAAUGCAAUGAAAGUUUAACAGCUUAGUUUUUAAGUGUAAAAACAUAUAAGUGUUUCCAUUCUAAACUGUGACUAUAUGAAUUCGUGUCUAAAAUUACUGUCAUCAAUUCAUGUAAUGAUAUUAUAAGCUAUUUUUUUGUUGAACCCCAAAGGAAAUCUGAAACCUCAUGGUCUUGAACCAACUUGAAGUGCCAUUGGUAUAGCUAGUCCUUAGUGGUUUUAAUAUUAAUUUUAUUUACUAGAUUUUAGAACUAUAUUAUGUAUAUAUUUACUGUGUAAAUACUGAAACGUUAUAGUGUCAGAUAUUUGAUAACUUAAUUAGUAUGUAACUAUAUUAUCUAUUAACUAUUAUUUAAAAAAGUAAAAAAUUAUAUUCAUUAUUAAGAUACGUAAUUGUGGAAAUUUCUCAUAAUUUAAGAAAUCAGUGAAAUAGUAUACUUUUGAGAAAAAUACAUGUAUUUAAUACCAAAAAAUUAAAAUACCU